AUGACUGAGCACUGGGACCAAAAUGCGCUACGGGCGCGCUUCUGUCAUGCUCUCUCUGAGAUGUACAAGAGUGAAGUCCCUCUCUACGGCGACCUGAUAGAUGUGGUCUGGGAAGCAGAUGCAAAAGCUAUUCAAUGCAGUCAAAGUUUAGAAGGCAAACAAGUUAUCGACCCGGAUGAUAUCUUACCUUCACGACACCGUGUAGAGAGACACGGCGCUAUCAGACUAGGAACAUCUCAAGAACUGAACACAAUCAGACGCAUGUUUGCCGUCAUGGGAAUGUACCCAGUCGGAUACUACGACCUAAGUCUAGCUGGAUUUCCCAUGCACGCCACCGCAUUCCGACCAAAAACUCACGAUGCUCUCGCCGAACACCCAUUCCGUGUUUUCACAACAGUACUGAGAAUGGAUCUCCUGACAGAACGAACACGUGAGCUGGCACAACAAGCUCUGAAGCGACGAAACAUCUUUACGCCGAGACUUCUAUCCCUCCUGGAUCUUGUCGAUACAAAAGGGUCUCUAUCUCCGACAGAGUGCAUAGAGUUUGUUAUGAAUGGCCUUGAGACUUUCAGAUGGCAUUCCAAAGCAACUGUCUCCUUAGAAGAAUACCAGAUGCUUAAAGCGGAGCACCCUCUUAUCGCCGAUGUUGUCUCCUUCCCCAGCUCUCAUAUCAAUCACUUGACUCCCCGUACUAUCGACAUCGAUCUAGUGCAGAAACUCAUGGUGGACCGCGGAAUGCCCGCCAAAGAACGAAUCGAAGGUCCUCCCAAACGAGAAUGUCCUAUUCUUCUUCGGCAAACGAGCUUCAAAGCCCUGGAAGAGACUGUCUACUUCCGUGACACAUCGGCCGAAUACGUGAAAGGAUCCCAUACGGCUCGAUUUGGUGAAGUGGAGCAACGGGGUUACGCAUUGACUCGAGAGGGACGUCAGCUCUACGACCAGAUCUUGGACCGAGUCAAUGCCGAGGCAGCAAAGAAUAAGAUCAAAGGCAACGAUUACGAAAUACUUUUGGAAGAUAGAUUCAAGGAAUUUCCAGAUACGUUGCCAGCUUUGCGUGAGCAUCAUUUGGCAUACUUUAGCUAUCGGAUAACGCCGAAGGGCGAGAGACUGGCGGAAGAUGGCGUCGAUAUUGCCCAAUCUGGAAGCUCCUCUGUACCGCUUCAAGAACUUCUAGACCAAGGUGUUUUGAGUUUUGAGCCUCUCACCUAUGAAGACUUUUUGCCAUUGUCUGCCGGUGGUAUUUUUAACUCCAACCUCGGGAAUGUGUCGCAGUCAAAACAACUCAUCAUGAGCGCUGAGCCUGAUCUAGACGGCUUCCAGCGCUCCCUGGGAUGCCUUAUCGCGGAUGAAUUCCAUCUGUACGCUGAAAUGCAGGCAAAGUCCUUGGAGCUUUGCAGGGGACAACUUGGAUUGGAGAGGAUUGAAGUUUAA